AAUCCAACCCAGAGUAGGAUCUCUGUGGAGGGAAAGAAAGGCUUUCCUUUGGGGAAGAGUGGCUUGGGCAGAAAGGUGCGGGAGGGCGGUUGUCAUGCUUUCAAUCCUUCUCCUCCUGUGAUUUCUUGCACGGACCACCAAGCCUUAAGCAGCCCUUUCCCAGCAUAUACUGCUCCAUUCUCAGCCUUUCCCAUCGCCUCCACGCUGCUGCCUUUCCAGGAAAGGAACCACUUUGUACAAGGCUGCCCUGUGGAAAGGAGGAGGAGGAGGAAGAGGAGGAAGAGGAGGGACGCUGCCCUUGACCUGCCGGCUCCAGGAAGACAGGAGACUCAAAGCAACUUCUCCUCUGCACAGGGGCUCCUUCCAAGUGAAGAUGGUGAAGGGUGCUCUCCUGGCUCCAGCACUAUUGCUAUGGAUGAUGAUCAUUGGAGGAGACAGCGGUCCUGAUGGAAGCUGGGCCCCGACUGUGGCCCUUCCACCUUCCCCAAAGAAGAGGCAAGAGAGGCCCUCCUGGACGGCGACACUGCAGAGCUCUCCGAGGGGGAAGAUGGGCAGCUUGAGGCCUUCUGUGGAGGAGGACAGCACCCACCCACAGUCGUCAGGACCCCCGCCAGGGCCUCGCUGCAUUUCGAUGGCGUUGGAGACAUCUUUCCAGGUCUCUGCCUCUGCGCUGGUGUUUGUGGCCUUCUGCGGGUGGGGAGUGGUGCUCCCUUUCUGGCAGCCCGAAAAGCUUCGAAUCAGAGGGAAGUUGUGGAAGUGGCUCAGCAUCUACGCAAACGGAUUGGCCUGUUUGGCUUCUGCUCUGGCCCUGGUGGCCCUCAUCCUUUGGAGCUAUGACCAAGGAUUCCCUGCUAUCUUCAUCUUCCCCACCAUUCUCCUCCUCCACGUGAUCCUGGUCACGGCACUGGUGGUGGUGACCAUCACCUUCCAGCUGGACGUGCUUAAUCAAGUCACCGACCAGGCAGCGCAACGAAUGCUGGACCUCACCACUCCUGGAGGGGUGAUCCUUGUGGCUGGGAUCUCUGGUCUGCUGAUCAAGCACAUUUACCACCUGCAAGUGGAAGCACGUGCCGAACCUGUUGACGUAACAGCGAUUGUUGUCGGGGCAGCCGGGAUCUGCCUCUUUCCAACCAUAGUCAUCUUUGUGGGCCACUGCAUGGACAUGCAUAAGCGGAUGAAAGAGGAACGGAGUUCCCGAAAGGAGAAGGCCAAUCAGAAGGAAGAGGCCCUCCCUCUGUAAGGCCCUUGACCUAGGGGAGCCUGCAUACUUCCUGGGCAGAUCAAGACAUUACUCGUCUCUCACCUGGAUGACAUGGUGAAGAACUCCUCUUCAAAAGCUUUUGACCGACGAGUUGCCUUUGGCUAUGCCUUUGGAAACCCCAAUAAAGGCCUCGG